UUGGGUGGUAUGCCUUGUCCAUAGUUGAUUAAUAUUUGAUCUUUUUUUUGGGUGAUCUUUUUUUGAUCUAUGUAUGCUUCCUAAAGACGUACCAAUAUAUCAUGUACUUCAGUACUUCAAUGUAUUACAGAUUUACAGGUCAUGAUUUACACGCCAUGCAAGGCAAGGGUGUGCAACAUGAUUUUCCUAAGCCAGAACAUUAGAAAAGAAAAGCUACCUGUCACCUUUCCCUUAAGCCUCUAAUUUGUUCCCACUACCAAAAUUCCAUCACAUUCCUUAUCAUUUGAGUUUCCAAAAUUCAUUUUCUGCAAUCAAAUCUUCUCAGAGUUUCAAUCUUUCACCUCAAAUGAUUGUCAACAACCAAUUUUCUUAAAGACCCUUAUGAUUUUUCUCCAUUUUCCAGCCAUUCUAGCUCGUUAGGAAUGCCAUAUCAAUUAUUCACAACCCCAUCAAUUAGACAUAGUUUCUUUGAUCUGGGUUUUUGUUUUUUCAUUCCCUUAGUGUUUGUUUCAGCGCAGAAGAUACCAUUUGAGUUCUUAAUGAAUGCCAAAUUUUAAAAGGAGAAAGAGAAGCAAGUGACAUAUGGCUGGCCACAAAUUGUAACACCAUUUCUUCAUUUGGGGUUCAAAGAUUGGAGGCUAGAGAUGUCUAUGCAGCACGAAAAUUCUGAUACAAAAGAUGUAUCAGCUCCACGGAAAAGACUGUCGAAUCUGAUGAAUCAAUCUGGGAACAAGUUUUGUGCUGAUUGUGGAACUCCAGAGCCAAAAUGGGUAUCUUCAAGUCUCGGGGUAUUUAUUUGCAUCAAGUGCUCCGGCAUACACAGAAGUCUAGGAGUCCACAUAACAAAGGUUGUAUCAUUGAAGCUAGAUGAAUGGACAGAUGAACAAGUUGAUGCAUUGGAGAAGUUGGGUGGAAAUACAUCAUUAAAUAGGAAGUACGAAGCUUGCCUACCAAGUAAUAUGAAAAAACCAAAACCACAUUCAUCCAUUGAAGAGCGCUCCGAGUUUAUUAGGAGAAAAUAUGAGCUGCUACAGUUCAUGGAGUGUGGUGACAAUUUGUCAUGCCAAAUUGUACCAUCUCAAGGGAGAAGUUUAACAUUGGCUCAUAGCAGUUCUUCAUGUCACCAUCCUCCUAUGGACAAGAAACAUUAUGAGAAAAAACCGACCAAACAUCAUAUUGGACUCACAUUCCGAAAUAGCCGGGGAAGAAAAGAUUCUGAGCACAAGUCCUCAUCAAAGAGGAGUACCUCAUUGGCAGGUAUGGUUGAAUUUGUUGGGUUGAUUAAGGUUACUGUUGUAAAAGGCAAGCACCUGGCGGUUCGAGAUGUGAUGUCCAGUGACCCAUAUGUCAUCCUUUCUUUGGGUCACCAAUCGGUAAAAACGCGCGUUAUAAGGAACAAUUUGAAUCCAGUCUGGAAUGAAAGCCUAAUGCUAUCAAUUCCAGAGAACAUUCCUCCUCUUAAAGUGCUUGUGUAUGAUAAGGAUACAUUUACAACCGAUGAUUUUAUGGGUGAAGCUGAAAUAGACAUUCAACCUCUAGUUUUAGCUGCAAUUGCGUAUGAGAAAUCGACAAUCAACGAGUCCAUGCAGCUUGGGAAAUUUGUAGCAAGCAAGGAUAACACUCUUGUUAGAGAUGGUAUCAUCUCCCUUGAAGAAGGGAGGAUCAAGCAGCAAAUCGCGGUGAGGCUGCAGAAUAUUGAGAGAGGGGUGCUUGAGAUUGAGCUUGAAUGUGUUCCUCUCACUCAAUAGCUGGAUAGAAGAAUCAGACUUAAAUUUUGGAGCAUGUAUAUAGGAAUAUCUGUUUGAAGUACAUUAAUAUUAUGGUAUCUCAAGGUGUUACCAUUGUUUCCCAAUUAUACUUGAUAGACUUCAAGCUUUUACGCUGAGAACCCUGACAAUUCAUGAAGGAUACCAAUAUUAACUAGGAAAACAUAUUGCUACUGUAACAAAUUCCAAUGAAGGAAUGGAUUUAUCUUUUAGUAGUUUUGGGAGAAGAUUUUUCCAUAAAUGUAGUGUGUUUGGGUUUUCAUUGAGUUCAAUGAUAUGUUGACUCAAUCGGAUAAAAUUUUGCUUUUCUGUUCCACAUUAAACUCAAUGUGACAAAUUCUAGUUUCUCCG